UUCUUUUAUGUAACUUACUAUUCAAAUUUAAAAUUUCAAGUUUUUAAAAAUGAGGAUUUGCUGGUGACAUUGGUGGCAUAAUAGGUUUUUUCUCUCUCUUUUUUUUUUUGGCUGGAAAACUAACCAUUGUAUUCAUGAACAAAAUAAAAAGUCUUUACAGAAAAAUAAGAUAAACUCCAUAUACACAGCCACCACUCCUACUAGCAGUGGCUACACAAAGUUUAAACAGACAGAAACACCAAAAACCAUUGAAAACAAAAUGCAAGGAAGGAAACAUCAAGAAGGAUGUCAGCAGCUCAAGCCCAACAGUGUAGCUUAUCACAAGCUUGGUUAUUGUUCCACUCCUCAAAGCAAAGAAGAAGAAAGGUGGAGAUGUGCUCAAGGACUCACAGCUGCUAAUCCAGAGAAACUGCUUCGGCAACUUGUCUCCACCUACCCCUUGUCACGGAGCACCCACUGAGCAGCAGAUGAAGGUUUGAUGAUGACCUUAAUGAUGUUUAAUAGAACAGCAUAGCCUACCAGAAGGGCCAGCAUCCUUAAGUGGAGAGAAACUCUCAUCCACAGUCCAUCUCCCCUCUAAUAGACCAUCCCAUUCUACCAACUCCAACCAUACAUCUUCACCACCACUAACAAUCCUUUCUUAAAACGAGAACAACAAAAUAUCCACUAACAGCAAGCUGAACACAAAACAUAGAAAAAACAUAACUAUGGUCAAAAUAUGAGCCACAAGAUAGCAUCAAGCAAGCCUAGGAAGACCCCACCCCCAGGUUGCCAAACCACAGCAACCUCAUGGAUGAACAGUGGUUUCAGGGCAACCACUAGACCCAGCUUCAAUUGACCUUCCAAAGAUAAAACCAUCAAAAUUUGCAACAGGAACAUGAACUAACUUCAUCAACCAUCAUAUUUGUUACCUAUCUUCAUUUUUGGACCCCUCUUUUUUCUUCUAGAGCUGCUGUUAGAGCCACUGACCUUAAUAGAACCUCUCACAGCGCUAGGUAGAGAUAGCACAUGACUCCCUCAAAAGUUGGCUAGGCUUAAGCUUCUUCAUUGUAGGGCUCAACGGGCUGUCUUGCUUAGGCCUCUUCAGACUCAACCCCUUUACAAUGUUGUUCAAUUGAGCAUGUAUAGUUUGGUUAGGGCUCUACCAUGCCUCUUCCCCUUUCCUGCCACCCCCAACCUCUUCACCAAGAAGCUCCAGAUGGUAAGCAGCACCCGAUUCAUUUCCUUUCACAAUACAAGUAGUAACAGGGAUAAUGGCCUGCACAUUACUUGUCAGCUCGUCCCCUAUCAGCCCCUUGAUCCUUGCCCUCUUCACUGAAGACUGU